GGUCAUAUGACGUCAGCCCGUCAUGAAGCUGCGCGGGAGCUGUUACACAAGUUUUCUGAACUGAACGCGCUUGAUUUGUUUGAUCUCUUAGGGAAACAUGCCUCCUGAGAUCGAAGCGGACUUACCACCGACCCUCGCGUGUCUGAAGCCCAUCGAUUCUAUGCUGCGAUGCCCAAUUUGCUUUGAAUUCUUCAACAUCGCAAUGAUCACCAAGUGCUCACACAACUUUUGUUCUCUCUGCAUCAGGAGGUUUCUGUCCUACAAAUUACAAUGUCCAGUUUGCAAUACAUCGGCAAAUGAACAAGACUUAAGGAACAACCGCCUGCUGGACGACCUCGUCGCACAGUUUCAAGCUGCACGGCAGCAACUGUCAAAAGCAAACUUGGAGUCCCCUCCGAUAUCGCCCAAGACUCCUUCCUCGUUUGUCAAGUGCAAAACUCCGAGAAACAAAGUCCAGAAGUGUAACAGCCCGGCUUUGAGUCAGUUUUUCCAGAAGAGAGUAAAAGCAUCACCAGUUAAAGUGACAGGAGAAAGGAAUUCAGAUCACAGAUCCGGUCCUCGAGAUGAGCCGGUCCAAGUGAAGAAGGAACCAGAUGAAGAAGAGCAAUCGUCGAGUGGGGCUGUGUCAGUGAAACAGGAAAAGGUGCCGCUGUUCAACAGCACUCUGGAAGAACUGGUGCCCACCUCCACACCAUGUAGCGACACCAAGCUGAUCAUUAAAGUGGAGUGCCCUGUGUGCUCGGUGAGCGUGUCGUCGCGCUUUAUCAACAAGCAUCUAGAUGUUUGUCUCGCCAGUGGGGAGAAGAAGGAGAGCCUGAGGAGCUCUUUGGGAAAAAGCCGACAGCCGAUGGGGAAGCUGGUCUACACCCUGCUUUCUACGUCUGAGCUGAAAAGGAAACUGAGGCAGUGCCAUCUCUCAGUGCAGGGGUCCAGAGACCAGAUGAUCAAAAAGCACAAGGAGUUUGUGCAUUUUUACAAUGCAGAGUGUGACGCCCUUAAUCCCAAAUCAGCUGAAGAAAUCGCCAAAGAGAUUGAAGCCAGUGAGAAGAUCCGAACCCGACUGCAAGGGAAAACCAAACCUGUGCUAAAACCCUCGAAGAAGCAGUCUGAGAGGGAGAUUGAAGAAUGGCAUUCAAACUAUAGGAAGCAGCACAGCAGCGACUUUUCCCGACUUAUUGCACAAGUUCGUGGACGGCUAGAUUCCGCCAAGCAGACUGUCAUCAAACAGGAAGUCAUAGAGGGAAGAGAUGAUGUUCCUGAGGCACAAUCAGCAGACGUUUCCGAGUCGAUAGGUUGGCCACCUGUGGAGAUGGAAGAUGAAGAAGUUAAUGUUGUGCCGUCUGCUUCAGGGAACGAUUUGCCUGCCAGCCCUGCAAGUAGUGACAUUUCUAUUAGCAGCUCGAUAUCUGAUAUUUUUGGCCCAGACCCUUCAAUACAUAGGACACAUGUUCCCUUCUGUGCCACUGACCAGACCGCCGGCCAAAAGCGAGCUUUCAACUCCGGAGGGGCCGAAGCAACGCCGUCUUCUGUCCGUGGGAAGCGCAGUCGUAAAACGUAAAGACGGAUGGAGGCUGUUGGUGGAGAGAACAUUCUGUAUAUUGCAUCCAGGUGUCAUUUUGAUAUGCAUUCAUGUUAGUUAUGCAGGAUUUAUGUCCAUGUAUAUCAAGCUGUUUUUGAGUUUUAGCCACCUUUCACUAUUAGAGCCAAGCACGUCAUGCAGCAACCCUCACACGGCAGUUCAUCGUUUCUUUGCUUUUGUCCUUUUAAUCCUAGAUGGAGAUGACAUGAGUCCUCGCUUGUUGAACGCAUUUGUUAUUAAAACUUCCAAGCUGCUUA